CCUCCAUCGCCUCCCCCACUUCCCCACUUUCCCGCCAUGCCCAGCCCCCUCCGCCCGCUCGCACGCGCCCUCCGGCACUUUUCGUCCGCCCCCGCCCGUGCCUCCUCCUACCCAUUCAACCCCUCCGCCAUCGCCCGCCCGUCCACCACGCCCCUCCCGCCCCCCCCCGCCCUCCUGCAUCCCAAGAACGGGUGGUCCCUCAUCACCCACCUCAACAACGCCGCCGCCCAGUCCCCCUGGGCACACCUCUUCGCCCGCCGCAGCAAAGACCGUCUCCCCGCCGGCUCCGUCCUCACAGUCAUCACCUACAGCGACCCUGCGAGGAAGAGCAUCUCCCCCUUCAGCGGCGUCCUGAUGGGCACCAAGCGGCGUGGCGUCGACACGUGCUUCCGCUUGCGCAAUAUCGUCAACAAGGCCGGCGUCGAGAUGACCUUCAAGCUGAAUUCACCCAUGAUCAAGGAGAUAAAGGUCGUCAAGCGGGCGGAAAAGGCAAAGGGACAGCUGAAGGAUCUGAAGAGGGCAAAGGUCAACUAUCUGCGGGAGAGACCGGCGGUUAUGGCGGCUAUUGCGAGGGCCUUGAAGACCGCCAAGCAGAACGAGGCUGCCGCUGGCGAGUCAUCAUAGGCAGGGAUGUGACGUGCAUGUUUUUGUCUAGUUUGGCGUUCGAUGCAGUGCAUUAUCAUCC